UUAGAGAGAGGAGCUUGGCUGGUAAACAAGGCCACGGCGUUCUCCUCGCCUCGUAAUCUGGUGCCCGUCCGUCCUCAUCCUCUCCAUAAUCUGGCUGCGCUUCUUUUCUUCCCUCCCCAGCAUCUGCCAGCAGCCGCGAAAAGAAAACGUACAAGAAAAACGCCCGCCGCAAAGAAAUACUCCAAUUUGCCUGUAGCUUAAGCUUUUUCAGCGCAUAUCCACUGCUGCCGGGCCACAGCGCUCACAGCAAUCAUGUCGAGCCGCGCUGCUACAGGCGGUGGUGCUGGUGCUGAUCGGGCUCACGCCUCCCCGCCACUGCACACCCCAACCAGGUCCAUUUCUCGCUCGUCUCGUCCACCACCAGCAACAUCGUCCCCUGCUGCCCCUUCUUCCCCCAACUACUACACCAACUCCGACUCCUCUCACCAUCGCCAUAAGCGCACUACUUCUGGUGCCCGUUACACGCAAGACGCCGCUGCUCGCCACGACUAUGAGCCUUCCCCCGUAGCAAGACAUCCUCCUCGCAGCUCCAGCCGUGACAAAGCCCCCCCUCCCGCCUCAUCACGAGGCAUAGAGACUCGACAUCCCCGGCGCAGCACCUCCCAUUCUGACCAUUCAUCUCGUCGCCCACCCGACAUGUCACCAUCCGCAACCGCUCCAGCUUCGUCGUCUGGCCGGGCCUCGACCAGUGCAGAUGCCCCAGCCUCCUCGUCAGGCACAAAGUCGAGAUCGUCGCGAACAUCGAUUCCUACCCAGUCAGGCAAAUGGAUCCUCGGCAAGACUAUUGGCGAGGGUAGUAUGGGCAAGGUCAAGCUUGCCCGUAAAGAAGACGGAAGCGAACAGGUCGCCUGUAAAAUCAUCCCCCGCGGAUCGACAGAAAGCCACCAAAGUCGCGCCGACAAAGAACGAGCCGACCAAUCAAAAGAAAUCCGAACAGCUCGCGAAGCUGCCAUUGUCACGCUGUUGAACCAUCCUCACAUCUGCGGCCUUCGCGAUGUCGUUAGAACCAACUACCAUUGGUAUAUGCUCUUUGAGUUUGUAAAUGGCGGCCAGAUGCUCGAUUACAUUAUUUCGCAUGGCAAACUCAAGGAAAAACAAGCGCGCAAGUUUAGCCGACAAAUUGCGAGUGCCUUGGAUUACUGCCACAAAAACAGCAUUGUCCAUCGCGACUUGAAGAUCGAAAACAUUCUUAUCAGCAAAACUGGCGACAUCAAAAUCAUUGAUUUUGGCUUGAGUAAUCUCUUUUCGCCACGCGGGCAUCUGAAGACCUUCUGUGGCAGUCUUUACUUUGCUGCACCGGAACUGCUUCAGGCUCGGGCGUACACGGGACCCGAAGUCGAUGUUUGGAGUUUCGGUAUCGUUUUAUACGUGCUUGUAUGCGGAAAGGUUCCCUUUGAUGACCAGAGCAUGCCUGCUUUGCACGCAAAGAUUAAGAAGGGCCUAGUUGAUUAUCCUGGAUGGCUCUCCAAUGAAUGCAAGCACCUCAUGUCAAGGAUGCUCGUUACCGACCCGAAGCAACGUGCGACGAUGCAAGAAGUCAUGGGUCACCCGUGGAUGACCAAGGGAUACAGCGGACCACCCGAGAACCAUCUUCCUCCCCGAGAACCACUCGAGGAGCCGCUUGAUGCCGAUGUUAUCACAGCCAUGCAAGGUUUUAACUUUGGAUCACCGGAACAUAUCGAGGCACAGCUUCUAAAGACGAUUGAAUCCGAAGAAUACCAACACGCUGUCCGUUUACACCAAAAGGAGAAGGAAGCCCCGCAGCCUCAAAAGGAUGUUGAAAAGAAGCGAGGCUUUGGAUUCGACUUUUACAAGCGACGAAAUUCGGCUAACAGCCGUGACACCCUGACAGCGCCAAGUUCUGACACACUGCAACUUGGUAAUGACGCACUGAACGCCUUCAGUCCCCUUCUCUCUAUAUACUACCUAGUGAAGGAAAAGCGCGAGCGUGAGGGCGGAAGCUCUACGCAGCUCCCCAGUAGCUCAUCCCGCGAUAAGAUUAAAGAGCGAGAGCGUGAACGUGAGCGCGAGCGCGACAAGGAUAAAGAGCGCGAACGAGAACGAGAACGAGAACGUACACGUGAGCGCGAACGUGAGAAGGAAAAGGUGCAAGUUGCAAUUCCCGAAUUGACUCCCCCGAGACAAGCCCAUGUCAACUCGGGGGCCUAUGAAAUGCCAGGCGAAAAGCCGACUGGCGGCCGCACACGACCAAGAGCCCGGACACAAGGAGAAGAGGAUGAGCCUGACGUCCUGAAACAAGCGCGCCAAAAGGUGACAGCAGAGAAGUUGGAGACUCCGGUAAAAAAAGAAGGAACGGCUGCAGGAUUGCUCCGACGAUUCAGCACACGUAAAAAGCGAGAUCCCUCCCGGCACGAACGCGACCGAUCACACCCACCUGUCGUACAGGUUCACACACCAACCGAGACCUCUCCCGCACCGCCGCGCAAAAGCUUCAGCAUUCGCCGCGGCCGUAACGAUGUUGACGAUGGCACUUCGUCAUUGCGCAAUGCUGAAAGUCCUAGACAGCAUUCCGAUCUAUUAAGCCCACCCAAGUCGGCUGGUGCUGGUAGCAGACCGAGGGGAACUGGCCUGGGCCGAUCUACUAGUGUGAAUUCCGGCGACUAUCGCCGACGCGAAACAUCCAAGUAUGCUAGAGAUCAUGCUGCAACAAGUGGCUCAGACCAAUCUGUGGGUAAUGCUCCCAGUCCAUCCCAUCAACGUGGUCAUAGCCACUCGCAGUCUAUGGCUGUUCGAACCAAGUCCCUUGGUCACGCUCGCAGAGAGAGUGUUCAACAACGUCGCCUGCGACGUGAAGCUGCCCAUGAGGCGGAUGUGCCCGAGGAAACUGACCAAGAGCUUGACCAACGAAGUCCGUCAAAUGAACGCCUUGGCAGCUCCGAUCUCGCGAAGCCCGUUUUCCUCAAGGGCCUCUUUAGCGUAUCAACGACAUCCGGAAAAUCGGUGCCUGCAAUUCGCGCCGAGAUCCGUCGCGUGUUGAAGCAACUCAAUGUUGAAUACAGCGAAAUCAAAGGCGGGUUCGCCUGUCGACAUGCCCCCAGUAUCGAUCUGAACAAGGUUCAAGAUCCAGUCUUGCUCUCCCCUGGACAAGGCGGUGGCCACCGUCGACGCUUCAGCUUUGGUGGCUUGAUGCGAGGUGACGAGAAGGAUCAGGAUGAGAUUCGUGAUUUGGAUCGACCUUCGAUUGCUUCCCCUCGCGCAGCUGGCCGAUAUGAUAAAGAAAGAAGCGACCGGGAUCGAAGCUACUCCAACUCUGAGACAUCGGUUGACAGCAUCCCUCGGAGAGCAGGCGGCAGCACCCGUCGAGCUCCUGGAGAGACGAGCACACAAGUGCAGAGCGAUUUGGGAGGUAGCAUGGUGCUCGAGUUUGAAAUCUUUAUUGUCAAGGUGCCGUUGCUUUCUCUACAUGGUAUCCAGUUCAAACGAAUGACUGGGAACACAUGGCAGUUUAAGAGCAUGGCGGAUCAGGUGCUGAAAGACUUGAAGCUGUGAGGUGGAGGCAUAUGGUAUUAGGCAUACAUAUGGGCAAUUUGGAAAGUGAGAGGCGGGGCGAUCCUGCGUACUCAUGGCCAUGAUGAAAUGAAAAUACAUUGUGAGGGCACGGUUGGAGGAGGGCUUUGCUUUGUUACUCUUGUUCAUUCACACGACUAGCUUGCCUAGAUAUGGGCAAGCCAACGAGGGCAUAUAUCUUUAACUAGCACGACACAGACAGAUGUGUGUCAAUUUAACGCAUAGACCAUUAAUUAUAGUUAUCUUUUGUUACCUGUAUUGAGCUGUGCUAUUGCCUGCGGAUGUACACCAUGAACGCUGUUCCUGCUUCUGUUGGACUCGUCGCUGCCGACCUCGGGGACGAUCACGUGACAGUCUAAGACAUGGCACGCGCGACAGCCAGACAUUGCGGGAAACGAUGCGAAUUCGCAUUUGUAGUGGCCUGACACACUUAAGCUGUGGUGAUGAAGAUGAAGUACAGAUAGAGAGAAGCUGGGAAGUCAGCCUAGCGCGGCCAUGGACUGUCAAGUAAGCAGGGUUAAGCCAGAUCUCAAGUUGCGCCGUACACGGCCUGUGCUCGCAGAAGUUGAGAGGAAAAAAGGUUCGGGCGAGGCGGUUCAUCGUAGCAGGGGCAGAGAGCAGGUGAGGCGGACGACAUUGAAGAGUGUUUUUUUUAGAUUGAUUUUUACUUCCAUACGAUAAUCGUCUUUUUUCUUAUUUUUUUCUACAGUAUUUUACCUUCAUGGUGUCCUCGUCUACUGACACCAUCGGUGCCCUCCGCACACUACUCCCUUGGUA